AUGCACAUUCGUGUCGUGCAGUCGUUGGCGUCGUCGAGAUCGGCGGAGGAAGUCACAGCCCUGUACCGCAGCAACUCCUCAGACAGCGCGCCGCGAAAUGCGCAGCAGCUGCCCCUGUCCUACUCGUCCCCGUCGCUCUCCGUGUCGGCCUGCAUCUCUCCUCGCGCCCGGCCGCCCCCGCCUGUGCCUCCGCGAUCGGGCGCCACCGGUGCAGCUGCCCAGCCGCCUAUGCCGGGCCGACUCGGUUGGAGCGGCGGUGGCGGUGGCGGCAGCACGUUGCACCACCUCUCACCACCACCUGACGCUGGGCAGCGGGUGCAGCAGCGGCAGCGCUCCCGCACGUUCAGUUCGGGGCUCGACGCGCCGACGGCCGAUGAUGCCCGAGGAGCGCCCGGCACACCACUACCCUCUCUAUCUUUGUCGACGUCGACAUCAUCGGUAUCUUCGACGUCGUCUACGCUCGCGCAGUCGUCGCCGACGUUGCGCGCGCCGGUGAAGAUGGGCGGCUCGGGGCUCGUCGCCUCGUUCCGCUCACGCGCCAACACCGUGUCGCCGCCGCCGCCGCCGCCGCUCUCGCCCGAACCCAACAAGUUCCACUUCAUGGGCCUGCUGCGACCCUCCCCGCCGGCUCCCGCAGCAGCAGCAGCAGCGACGAUAACGACGACGACAACCUCGAUAAUUGCUCCGCCCGUCAGCCCCACAGCGGCUCCCACGAGCGCCCCUGCGGCGGUUGGUGGCCGCAGCGACGACGGCUACGACGUCGUAGAUCCAACCGGGGAGGCGUCGGCGGGUCCACCGGUGCUCAUCACGCACCUGGUGGGCGUGAACCAGCAGUCGAAGCCCACCCCCUACAUCUGGGAGAAGCACAAGCCCGUGCGGAAGCGGCGCACCGUGGUCAACGCCCGCGCCACCCAGCGGAUCACCACCCGAAUGGCACCGAAUGAGGAGGUAGAGCACUUCCGCGCCUGCAUGGAACGGCUGAGUCCGACGUACCAGCAGAACUGGCUGCCCUUCGGGCAGAUCCUGGCCAGCACGACGGACGUGCCGUUCUACUUCAGCGGGGUCACCUUUGCCGUGUUCUUCCGCUUCCCCGACGCCACUGACGACCAGACCACCACCACCGCCACCACCACCACCACGAACCUGCCGUUCCUCUUCUGCAAGGGACGCGAGACGCUCGAGUGGGCCGUCCAGGAGAUCCUGCGCAAGACCGGCCGCGAGAGCGAAAGGGCUGAUGACAAGAUCAUACAAUUCAGCGGCCUGGCGGCGGUCUACGCGUUCGACCUCUCGGUGCGGCUCAAGGACUUCGCCCACGUGCGGAACGCGCUCAAGCGACGCGACAAGAUCGUGCUGCUCGUGUGGGACCGUCGCCGCGACAAGCCCCAGCUGUGCGCCUCCGAGUUCCUGGCCCGGCACAAGCCGGAGAGCAGCCUCGGGUGGGAAGACGACGCGAGCCUCGGCCUGCGGUACCAGGACAAGGAGGUGUAUCCACUGGAGAAGCUGGACGACCACUGCGUCGAGGUCAAGCUGCUGUGCGUGGAAAACUUCCGGCCGGAGACGGUGGCCGAGCUCGCGGGUGGCGGAUACGCCGCCAAGUGCGAGAGCUUCGCCUUCUACGUGCGCCUGGAGCUGCGCCACGGCGAGCGGACCAUCUGCCCGCCCGUCAUCAGCAAGCGCACGGCCGCCCCGCCCGUCUGGUGCGAGUGGCUCCGCCUGAGCCUGCCCCUCAGCGACCUGCCCCUCGAGUCCCGGUGUGUGCUCACCCUCUUUGCCGUCAACCUGCUGCGCGACGAGCAGCUCGUCUACGGCACGGCCUCGUGCAACCUGUUCGAUCGCGACGGGUGGUUUAUGAGCGGCGUGUGCAAGCUGCCACUCAAUGCGUCCGCCGACGCGCCUGCCAGUCAGCUCAAUGAGCGAGUCGCUGGGCUGCCCACCUCUGACCGAUCUCCGCGGAUCACCCGCCUCGUUCGUGCAGCGCUGGUGAUGGAGAUGGAGAGAGCUCCAUACCCCAUCGCCUUCCCGCAAGUGCCGCACUUCACGCCUCUGAUAGGGCGGGAGCGGGCCAACUUUAAGGUUGCGAGCUCAGUGAGCCCCGACCCCGGUGAACUCGCCGCCCUCCACGCCAUUCUGAAGAAGAACACGCUGGACGAGCUGUCGGAGGAGGAGCGCACGCUGGUGUGGAAGUACCACUCGCACUGCUUCGCCUUCCCGCAGGCCCUCCCCAAGCUCCUCCUGUCGGUGCCCUGGGAGGACCCCUCCGCCGUCAAACAGGCACACCGCAUCUUGGAGACCUGGGACCGCUUGAGCCCCUUCACCGCGUUGCAGCUGUUGGACCAGUACUACCCGGACACGGUGGUGCGCGAGUACGCCGUGCAGUGCCUGUGCGAUAUGACCGAUCCGGACCUGGUCAACCACCUGCUCCAGCUCAUCCAGGCCCUCAAAUUCGAGCGCAACCACGAUUCGGCGUUGGCCCGGUUUCUGCUGUACCGGGCGCUGCACAACCGGACCUUGGUGUACAUGGAGUCGUGUGGGGAGCACGCCGACGAGCUCUUCGCGCAGCUCGAGAUCGUGGCCAAGCUGCGGCAGCUCAACGAGGCUGCUCGCACCUACAAGAAGGCCGAACGGACCAAGGUGCUGCAGGAUGGGCUGACGGCGUACACGCAGUUUGCGUCCUUCCCGGCGCAGUUCCACCUGCCCAUCAACCCGCAGAUCGUGGCCACGGGCUUCGUCGUCGACAAGUGCCGCGUCAUGGACAGCAGCACCGCACCGCUGUGGCUGUGCUUCGAGAACCAGGACAGGAACGGGAGCCCCGACCUCCUCAUCCUCCAGGUCUUCACCGAGAUGGACCGGUUGUGGAAGCGGGAGGGGUACGACCUGCACAUGUCCAUCUACGGCGUCGUGUCCACCGCUUUCAACGAGGGCUUCAUCGAGGUGGUCUCCAACGCCUCCACCUGCUCCAAGAUACAGAAGGACGCGGCAGGCCUGGCCGGAGCGUUGCAGCGGACCCCGCUCUUCAAUUGGCUCCAGAAGCACAACACCACGGAGCAAGACAUCAGUUCGGCGGUGCAGAACUUUGUGCACAGCUGCGCGGCCUACUCAGUGGCGUCGUACGUGCUGGGCAUCGGGGACCGACACAACGACAACGUCAUGAUCACCCGCGAAGGACACCUCUUCCACAUCGACUUUGCGCACAUAUUGGGUGAUUUCAUGAAGUUCGGAGCCUACAAGCGGGAGAAGGCGCCCUUUGUCUUCACGGACGAGUUCGUCCACGUGAUGGGCGGAGCGGUCUCCGACAACUACCAGCUCUUCGUGGACCUGGGCGCCAUCGCGUUCAACAUACUCCGCAACAACGCCGACAUACUCAUCUCGCUGUUCGUCAUGAUGCUCUCGGCCGGCAUUCCCUUGUUGCGGACACGGAAGGACAUCAAGUUUUUGGAGAGCGCGCUCGCCCUCCACCUCACCGAGGAGGAAGCCGCCGCCACGUUCAAGGGUCUCGCUGCUGAAGCGCUCGCCUGCAAAACCACGCGCGUGCUGUUCUUCAUGCACAACCUCGCCCACCCCGAUUGA